AUGGAUAGGGAAAUAGUCGUAAAAAAAGCAUCGCGUAGGGAGGGUCUGGGCGUAGAUAAACAUAAUUUGGAUGAUGCAAUUGAUAAAUACUGUUUAGCAGUGUGUCAAGCUAUUUCAAAUCAUCAAAUGGGACGUAAUAAUAGCUCAUUUUUUGAAGAUAAAAUAAUUAACAAUGCACCUAUAGAAACGAUUGGACCUUUUGCUGGAUACACAGCAUUGCAUAUAGCUUGUAUGAAUGGAGAUGAAGAAUUUAUAAGAUUAUUAGUUGAAGACUACCAUGAAAAUGUAAAUGCUGUUGCUGACGAUGGAGCUCAACCUAUUCACUUUGCGUGCAAAGCAAAUUUGAAAGUUAAGAAACAAAAUAAUCACACAUCUUUACUUAUAAAAGAAGUACAUGAUCAUGAAUGGAUAAACGCCCGUGACAGUGAUGGUUAUACUGCUGCCCACUAUAGAUUGCGUAAACAAAAAAUAGAAAAUGAUCCAAACUUUGAUAAUGGCUCCGGAGUGCGUCGCUUGUUGGAUGAUAUGAAUAGCGGUGAAUUGAUUCACGAAUUACUUGAUGCCGGUGCUGAUGUUAACGCAACCGUAAAUGAUGAUCCAACUACUUUAUUACUCAAUAUGGCGGCUCGCAAGCAUUAUCCGUAUACACUGGAUAAAUUUUUGGCUUAUCAUGACAAUAUUUCAAAAUCAAUGGCUUUGCAUUACUCAUUAUGUCCACUUAAAAGUUCACAGACAAGAUUUGGUAUUAUAAGACAAAAAGCAAGUAUCAAUUUAACUCUAAAGGACCUUAUUUAUAGACGUACGUUUGGUUUAUUCGUUCCUGAAGAUGAAAAAAUAUUGAUGGACAAGUUAAUUGCUGAAGACAAACAUUUCAGGGAGCUAGCACACACUUACGAACAAAAUGUUAUUCAAGGGGAGUUAAAAACAGAAGUGCUUAAGUAA